CUUUUGUACCAAGAGUUUCUGCGUUUAAUCAAUUAUCAAAUAAAAAAUAACAGAAUGUCAUAGGUCUAAACCGUUUACAUUGUUGUGUUGUCGAGUCAAUAUUGACGAUUUUUUUUCAAACUUUAUCGAAAAUUAGAUAUUGAGUCAGAAUGAGCAAACGUAAAAAUCCUAAUACCGAGAACCUGAAUUCAGAUUUCUGUGACUUUCUGAUGGAGCUUGCCAAUUAUGAGAAGAAUGUUACACGUGCCAUGCACAAGUACAAUGUUUAUCGAAAAGCUGCUGGUCUUCUUGCUAAACAUCCUACGAGGAUUAAGAAUGGAGAAGAAGCGAAGAGACUGAAUGGUAUUGGAGAUAAAAUUGCUAAAAAAAUUGAUGAAUUCAUUCGUACAGGGCAACUUGAGAAGCUGAAUAAAAUCAGAGCUGAUGACACCAAUAUGGCAAUCAAUGAGUUGACCAAAGUAUCUGGAAUAGGUCCAGCAGCGGCAGCAAACUUUGCCAAAGAUGGCAUAAAAGAUAUCGAAGACCUCAGGAAGAUCACUGAUAAGCUAAACCAUCAUCAGAAAAUUGGUGUGAAAUAUUUUGAAGACUUUGAACUGAGAAUUCCUCGUGAAGAACUAACCAGUUUACGAGACAAAAUAUUGGCAGGAAUCCAAAAAGUCGACUCCAGAUACACAGCUAAAGUUUGUGGAAGUUACCGAAGAGGGGCUGCUUCUUCUGGAGAUAUUGAUGUUUUGUUAACACAUCCGGAUUACGUUGCUACAGAUAAGAAGAAACCUGAGUUGCUGAAGGCAGUGGUAAAACAUCUCACUGAUAAAGGUUUGGUAACUGACACUAUCUCUAUGGGGGACUCGAAGUUUAUGGGGGUAUGUCGGCUUCCAGAGGACGACAAAGAAAUCAAGCGACAUUUCCGAAGAUUUGAUCUCCGUUUGAUCCCUCAUGACCAGUAUUAUUGUGCGCUACUUUAUUUCACUGGCAGUGAUAUGUUUAAUAAAGACAUGCGAGGUCGUGCUUUGGAAAAUGGGUUUACACUUAAUGAAUACUGCAUUCGGCCAAUGGGGAGUACAGGAAUUCCAGGUGAAUCUCUGCCUGUGACUUCUGAAGAAGAUAUCUUUGAUUAUAUUGGAAUGACAUUCAAGAAACCGUCAGAGCGUAAUUUAUAAGUCACUGUAAGGAUUUAUUUUGUACACGAUCAUUUCAUUAAUUACUGAUUUCUAUUAAUGGAGUUAGUUAUUACAAUCAGUUAUUAUGAAUUGUUAUCAAUCCACCAAUAACUGAUUGUGUGACUCGAAUAUAUAACCAAUGAAAUUUUCAUUCUAUUUAUUUAAUUAUUUAUUAAUUAAUCGAUUGAUUGAUUGCAUCUAAUAAAAUCAUUUAUCAUCAUUG